AGCACCAGGGGCCGCCUCGCCUUCGGGACAGAGCCCACAAGACCCGAGCAGCGGCCGCCACAACGGAGUCGGGAACGGCGUCGCGCGGGUCGCGGCGGAAGCCGGAGCGUUUGGGUGACGGGACCGCGGGAACCCGGAAACGCCCGGGCCGCACCGGGCUGGCAGCGGCGGAGGGGGCGGACAACGCUGUGCGGCGGGGGACGCUGGCAACCCGGGGGGCCCGGGGGGCACAGCAUCCCCGGGCGCCGGGCGGAGCAGAGCCGCCGCUGCCCGAGCGCGCAGGCGGCCGGGCGGCCAAGCAGGCAGAUGCAGAUAAAACAAUGUCCGCCAACCUCAAAUACCUGUCCCUGGGGAUUCUGGUCUUCCAGACGACCAGUCUGGUUCUCACGAUGCGCUACUCCAGGACUUUGAAAGAGGAGGGACCUCGCUACCUCUCUUCCACGGCCGUGGUCGUGGCCGAGCUCCUGAAGAUAGUGGCCUGCGUUCUGUUAGUCUACAAGGACAACAAAUGUAGUCUGAGAGCACUGAAUCGAAUACUACAUGAUGAAAUUCUGAAUAAACCCAUGGAAACGCUCAAACUUGCCAUUCCGUCAGGGAUAUACACUCUUCAGAAUAACUUGCUCUAUGUGGCGUUGUCCAAUCUAGAUGCAGCUACCUAUCAGGUCACCUAUCAGCUGAAAAUCCUCACAACGGCACUGUUUUCUGUGUCCAUGCUCAGUAAGAAGCUAGGUGUGUACCAGUGGCUGUCCCUGGUCAUCCUGAUGACCGGAGUCGCUUUUGUGCAGUGGCCCUCGGAUUCCCAGGAGGUGGACGCGAAGGAGCUCUCGGCAGGCUCCCAGUUCGUAGGCCUCAUGGCGGUCCUCACUGCGUGCUUCUCGAGUGGCUUCGCCGGGGUCUACUUCGAGAAAAUCUUAAAGGAGACCAAACAGUCGGUGUGGAUAAGAAACAUUCAACUGGGUUUCUUCGGGAGCCUGUUUGGCUUGAUGGGCGUGUACGUCUAUGAUGGGGAGCUGGUGUCCAAGGACGGGUUCUUCCAGGGGUACAGCCGCCUGACCUGGACCGUCGUUGCCCUUCAGGCACUCGGAGGUCUUGUGAUCGCUGCUGUUAUAAAGUACGCAGAUAAUAUUUUAAAAGGGUUUGCAACCUCCUUAUCCAUAAUAUUAUCAACACUGAUAUCCUAUUUCUGGCUACAGGAUUUUGUGCCAACCAGUGUCUUUUUCCUUGGAGCCAUUCUCGUCAUAGCAGCCACCUUCCUGUACGGCUACGACCCCAGGCCUGCAGGGAAUCCCACAAAGGCGUAGUCCAGCGCUGUCUGUCACUGGCUGCGCCCCGCGGCGCGGACUCAGGGGGCUCCUGCAGACCCUCGGGGUGUCACGCUGGGCCUAGUCAUAGUGUCCAGAUGGACAUAGUGUCCAGAUGAAAACAUGAGUGUUUGAGGGUAAACUGUGUGUGUCUGUCACAAAAUGCCUAAUGCAUCUAGAAAUCAAAACUUGAAAGUGUUUCCAGGGAUCUGAGUUAGUGGAGGAAACUUGAAUCCUGAGGUUAGAAAGGUAUUGCCGCUCCGACCGCUGCAGGCACAACCUGUGCCGUGUUCGCGAGCAUGGGCAACGCGUGCCAGCCCAGCCUCUGCAAGCCGGUCUGUGUCACUGCCCCUCAGCGCUGCGUCUCCCUCUCCCUGUACCGCUGUAUCAGGCCACGUGGCGUGCUCAGCGUUUUACACUAUAAUUACCUGUAAGGCUGUGAAGGAGCAGAGCGUGACCUGAAACACAUUCACACGUCCCUAAGAUUCCUAUACGCACACCAAAGCCGGUCACCAGAAGGUGGCGAGAUGGUCUUUGCUCCGCUGCGUCCAAACGGACGGAGAGAGAGGCAUUCUGGGUCUGACUGGUCAGGGAACAACAUGCAUGAGGCGCCUUUUGAGUUUCACGCAGAGAGAGGCACGCACCCCUCUCUCCACCUCCCCCAGGGGCUUGCAGGGCGUGGCCGGCGCACACAGCGGUCUGGAGGCCCCGGGGCCGCCGGGAGCCCGGCUUUUCCGCUGAUGGCGCUGUGUUCUUCACACAACUGCAUUUCUUUCUGUAAGUCAGAUAAAUCUUUAAUAGUGCUUUAAACUGAGUUUCAGCGUUUGUUCCAUUAAAGUUUUAAUAUGUAAUUUAAAGGGAUUAAGUACUUGUUUAAUAAUUUAAAUAAAAUAAUUAUUAUCUAAUAUCUCCAUUUGGAGAGUUUGGAACUAUCAGAGCAUGUACUGUACAGAAUUAGAAUGUUUUUAAUGAGCAUUUUACCCACUGAUCCAUAAAAUCUGCAACUGUUGACAAACAACCACCACCAAGCAGUAGGACUGAUGUCACGUGCUUGAGACCAAAAUGGCUUUUCAUGGAGACAUUCCAGGUUGCCACGAGGCCACAUCAUUUCACAUGGCCCUCUGACCACACACUCAGGGCUGCUCAGCAGAGCUCCGCAGGCCUCUCAUAAAGCCACCGUCCCCAGGACACUCCAGUCCCACUUUCGAGUGCCCUCUGUGCUGCAGGGAGGAGCCACCACUCGGCUUUCAAAUGGUGGUUUCUUUCCCACUUGCAUUGGCACUACAGUUGAAGUCGCAAGUUCCGUGAGUUACUGAGUACAUUGGUGCAGGGAGAGAGAAUUUAGCAGAAGUGAGGAGACGAACUAGCAGGCAAAAUACUUUCUACAACUGGAAUGUGAGGUUCGCUGUUGACUGGGCAGAGUCACCUCAGUACAAGUGUCCUAAGAGGAUACAAACAGUAAGAAAUAGGUAGUUCUAGACCUCCGUAGUGGAUUUGGGCACUAUUCACACCCUUGGGCGCCCUUCACUCCUCAGGGUCGGCGGUUACUUCCCUGAUUCGGACUUGGUGUCCGUAGGCCAGGGCCAAAUGCAGCUCACCCAGAGUUUAAACAUGUUACAGUGAGAAAAACCUUUGCAGUCAUUUUGCUGGUGGUUCCAGUUUGGCACCAAGCAGACUGCUGGGAGCCUGGCUUACUGGUUUUCGGUAACCGAGUGAAAGUACCGUUUGGAGUGUCUGGUUGGUAGCUCCCACGUGUUGCGUGUGGUGCCUGCAGUCCAGAAAGAAGGAUGUUCAGACCCCAGCCUUCCCUCAGGUGGUGCGGGGUCUGAAUCCCGGAUGUGCACGGAAUGCACUCGAGACUAAACAGGAGAUUUAUGUUCAGCCCAGGAGAACGGCUGUGUGGGUAAUUACGUUAAUUCAGUGUGUACUCACAGCUAAUCGUUAAUUCAAGUGUAGUCUGUCCCUCUAUUAAUACUUCCAAAAAUGACACAAGAGCAUGAUUGGAUAUCCAGUGUGUUAGUUACAGUGGUCAUGUAUUUUCAGCUGUCCAAAAUAACACACUUUUCAAGAUUCCCAACAAAAUUUACAAAAUUAUAAUCAUGAGUUGUUGAGAAAAGAGAAAAUAGUCUAAAGUAUACAAGUAUUUCAAAGCAAUUUUUUAUCAUGUUGCUUUUCUAGUCAGCUUGGAAACAUCAUUUGAGGCUGGGCUGUGUAGUUCAUACAGCAGUUUGCAUGUAGGUCAUGCAGAAUAGUUGACUUGAGGGGAACCUGCCUUCCAGACCAUGUCACACACAUGACAGUUUCCUUGUGUGUGUGUGGGGGGGGGGGGCUGAGGUGUUUGAUGACCUCCAGAGCCUUAUUGUGGUAAUAUUUUGUAAUAACGACUCCUUGCUUAUUUAAAUUCUCACACUUUUUAAAGUUCACUUACUGUCUCUCAGCUACUUUGUUCACUAUAAAAAUAUGCUGAUUCAUGGCAGGAAAGUGCCCAUUGACAGUUCCAUCAACAGUCAAGAACAUGGUGUGUGGGGAGGACAGUUGGACAUGCCACCUGCAGGGGGCGCCACACAGGAAGCGCCUUGGUCCUGACAAGGGACUUACUCCGGAGGACUUGUGGGCUGCUUCUACGGUGGAGAAUGGAGCUUAGAGAUGCCAGAGUUAAGUGUUUACAUCAGUGUGUAUUAAAUGUCACAAUUCCAUGGAAGGAAGGGAGGUUUGGUGUUUAAACUAGAUUCUAAGGGGACAGAAUCUGGAAGGAAACUACUUGGCAGACACUGUAAUGCUGACUGUUCUCAUUAAGAAUUGCUACACCUACCUGUCACAUUGUUGGUCUUUUAAAUUUCAUUGCACAGUCAUUCAACUGUCUUUAAAAAAAACAGGGUGCAGCGUUACUCAUUUUAUUUACAAUUUUAUUGUUGUAAUAUUUAAUGACAUGUGGAUGCUCGCUUUGCCUGAGAAAGUUUAUAGAAGUUAUUUAUGCUAUAUUGAAAGACAUUUUAAGAAUCUCUAUGAUAUGUAGCACAUUUAAAGUAAUUAUAGGACCAAAGAAAAAGCACUUUUAUCAAAAUCUGGUCCUGUGUGCCUUGCCUUACCAAUAUACCUGACGUUUUUUCUGGAGAAUAUUACUGUAAUUCACAACUUUGGACACAUGGGCAAAAUUAGGACGUUUUAAGAAUAACUGUAAUUCAGUGUUUUGGUUGUUUCAACAUUGGCUCUUGAAGUCCAUUUCCUAACAGAAGACGCGGCGGGGCCCCGUGCAGGCCUUGUGGACGGCGGCUCCAGGGCACUGCCCCGAGCUUUUCCAACUGUGUCACCUGUACGAACGGUCAUGUCUUUGUUCUGUUGCUUAUCAUGAGGUAGAAUCUACUGCGAUCUAAACAAAAAUUUUUAAUAAUUUGGGUUCUGAAUUUGUAUGUCUGUAUUUUAUUUCUUUAGGAAGAUUCUUUUGGGCCUGGGAAUGUAAUUUGUAUAUUUAAAUUUUUAUGACAUAAUUCAAAGAAAUAUAUAAACUGG